GAUGGCGACCUUGAGGCUUCAAAAACUUUUUCGAGCUCGACAGUCAUUUUCAUUGUAUGCAAGACGCGGUUUUAGUCUGCAAUGGAAAGGACAGCUGUCAGACACCUUUUCUUCGUCGUCAGCUGUUUUGAGAUCCCGCUCAGUAUCAUCUGUAGAAAAGCUAAGGUUUCCAAAUAAUAAACUGUAUCAGACUAUAUUCGUCAGAUCCCUGAGCAAUGACAUUGAUAAUGAGAAGGUAGACAGUGAAAGCUUUGAAGAAGAUGCUGCUCACRUCAUUACAAAUACAGAAAGAGUAACAGGAGAAUCCCAAAAGCAUGAAUUCCAAGCAGAAACUAAACAACUCUUAGAUAUUGUGGCCAAAUCGCUUUACUCAGAAAAGGAGGUUUUUAUUCGAGAAGUGAUUUCCAAUUCCUCUGAUGCAUUAGAAAAACUAAGRCAUCAUUUCCUAACAGGAAAAGAUAUCACAGACAUUGAUGUGAACUUAGAAAUUAAAAUUGAAACAAAUGAAGAAACUGGUACAUUCACAAUUCAUGACAAUGGCAUUGGUAUGACACGGGAUGAACUGUUACAAAAUUUGGGUGUCAUUGCAAAGUCUGGCUCUAAAGCAUUUUURGAGCAGUUGAAGCAUCAGCCUGGAUCAGCACGGGAGAAUAUCAUUGGUCAGUUUGGUGUGGGGUUUUACUCAACAUUUAUGGUUGCUGAUAAAGUGGAUGUAUUUACAAAGUCUUAUCAACCUGACAGCCAGGGAUAUUACUGGACAUCAGAUGGGUCUGGUAUGUAUGAGCUGGCUGAAGCUGAUGGUGUUGAAAGAGGAACAAAAAUCAGUAUACAUUUAAAAGAGGAUUGUAAAAGAUUUGCAUUAAAAACAGCUGUAGAAGAAAUUGUUCAGAAAUACAGUAAUUUUGUUGGUUUUCCUAUAUUUCUCAAUGGUGUAUGCAUCAACACAAUACAGCCUCUUUGGACACUGGAUCCUAAGGAGAUCAGUAAAGAGCAACAUGAGGAAUUUUUCCAGUUUCUUGGUGGCACAUAUGAUAAGCCAAGAUAUUAUCUCCAUUACAAAACAGAUGCACCUCUCAAUAUUCGCAGUAUUUUCUACUUUCCUGAGACUUUACCACAAGUGAUGUCCAUGCAACAAGUUGACUCGGGCAUCUCACUCUACAGCAGAAAGGUUUUGAUUCAAGCAAAAGCAGAGAAGGUAAUUCCCCGAUGGCUGAGGUUUGUCCGUGGGGUUGUUGAYAGYGAAGACAUCCCACUUAACUUAAGUCGUGAGCUUUUACAAGACAGUGCACUCAUWAGRAAGUUGAGUGAAGUGCUUUCCACAAGAAUUGUGAAAUUCCUUCAAGAGCAAUCUAGAAAAGACAGAGUUAAAUAUGAAAAGUUCUUCAAAGAUUGYUCACUUUACAUACGUGAAGGUGUAGUCACAACGGAAAAUGAGGAUCUUAAGGAGGAGAUUUCAAAGCUGCUGUUGUUUGAGUCAUCCAAUGAAAAACCUGGAACACUCACCAACCUUUCAUCRUAUACRAAGAGAAUGAAACCUACUCAAAGGAAAAUAUAUUAUUUAUGUGCCCCUAGCCGGGAACUUGCAGAGACUUCAGCCUACUACGAGACACUCAAACAAAAUGAUGUAGAGGUUUUAUUCACUUACAAUGAUCAAGAUGACGUUGUGCUGCAUUAUCUUAAGAAGUUUGAAGGGAAGCCCAUCAUUUCUGCAGAAAACUACUUGUCAGAAGCUGAAGACAUCAAGCCAGAAACUGAACCAGAAGUCAAAGAUGUGGACCCCAAAGAGGACCUUUUACCUACAAAAGAAAGUGAACAGCUUGCCCAGUGGAUCAAUAAUGUUCUUGGAAAGAGCAAAGUUGUUGGUGUCAAGGUUUCCAAACGUCUUGUCAACACUAAUCAUCCAGCAAUGAUCACUGUACCAGACAUGGUUGCUGCCAAACAUUGGCUUAAACUUAUCAAGAGUGAACAACACAACAAGGACAUUGGUGAUGCAAAGUUUCAGAUCAUCCAGCCUACCUUAGAGAUAAAUCCAAAACAUGAAUUAAUCAAGAAAUUAGAAAAAGCCCGAGAAAGUAAUAGUCAACUUGCCACACUCAUCACUAACCAGAUUUAUGACAAUGCCCUUAUUGCUGCUGGWUUGAUAGAUGACCCAAGACCAAUGGUUGCAAGACUGAAUGAAUURCUAAGCAAGGCUCUAGACUCACAUUCAUAACAAUACAGUCAAAUCUUUUACUCGAAGAGCUGUGUAGAUUGAUUUUAUGCAGACUGUGAAAUAGUUGCUAACUCUAAUACUUUUUUUCAUAAACGUAUCAUUUAUCAUUGGUUUUGAUUACAUAUGGCUAUCAACGAAUGAACUACUGUAGUUUGUUUCACAAUCCACUGUAAAUCAAUCUACAACUUCAGCUAAAAGUGUUGAGAAUUUUUUAUUGAUUCUCAGUACUAAUUUUUUUGGCAGUUUUUUGCUUCCGAAUUGGAUUGGUUCCAAAACCUGUGUAUCAGCAUACUUAGUGUAUAACAACAGUGGCUUUGGGGAAGAAGAAGAGAAGAGGAGCAGGAAGUCAUUCAUCAUACUUCCAUAAUCAAAAACUAAUAUAUUCUCUUGCUUGCAUAUUUUUUGAAGUUUCCGUUAAAAACGGAAAGGGCACAACUGUAUGCUGGGAUAUCCAUCCUUCAGAUACCUUUUUCGACUUUAAUAUUCCUCAUCAACCAUUCUUGUCACUGUUAAAUGUAUAGCAUUUAUUAGCUAGAAUGAGACAGCAAUAAAAACAAAGAAUUAUUACGGA